ACCAAGUCAACCCAAUUCUGGUCAUCGUGACGGUGGACCACCAGCUGCAAAAACAAUUGAAUUUUACAUAGGAAACCCUUUAUUUGACCAAAACGAAAUUAUAAUUUUUGUAUAGUAGUAGUAUUAAUUAUUAGACCAACAUGCAUACAUUUGCAUCGUAGAGUCUCACUCGAACCCAUGCAUUCAUUAAAUAGCUCCACCGACUCCUCGUAACCCCUAUAUAUGUAUAGCAGCAUAUCCACAAAAACAACAAACCAUAAAAAAAUUAGAAAUAUAUAAAAAGACAAAAAAAAAAUGCAAACAUUACACUUCUCUUCUUCACUCUUGUGCCUGUCUGUUAUUUUCCUCUCAUGCGCUUUCCUAAUCUCACCUCAACACCCUCCGUUACAGCCACCUUCGUUGCCUCCGUCACAGCCACCUUCUGAGUCUCCCUCACUGCCACCUUCGUUGCCUCCGUCACAGCCACCUUCUUUGCCUCCGGCGUCACAGUCAACUUCUGUUGCUUGUAAGUCAACACCAUACCCUAAGCUCUGCCGUACGAUCCUAUCCGCUGUGAAAUCCUCACCGUCCGAUCCCUACCGUUACGGCAAGUUCACGAUCAAGCAAUGCCUCAAACAAGCAAGCCGCCUCUCCAAAGUCAUCAACGGAUACGUACGGCGCCUGAGAAACAAACCGGGAUCCGCGACGGCGGAAGAAAUCGGCGCGGUGGAGGAUUGCGGCGAGUUGGCUGAGCUGAGUGUGAGCUACCUCGAGACGGUCACGGUGGAGCUCAAACAUGCGGCUAUGAUGACAUCAGCGCUCGUGGAGCAUGUGAACAGUCUUCUAAGUGGUGUGGUGACGAAUCAGCAGACUUGCCUCGACGGACUCGUGGAGGCCAAGAGUGGAUUCGCCGCCGCUUUUGGAUCGCCGAUGGGGAAUCUCACGCGCCUUUACAGUGUGUCGUUGGGGCUUGUGAGCCACGCGCUUAACCGUAACUUGAAGAGGUUUAAAGCCUCAAAGGGUAAGAUUCUUGGUGGUCGUAACUCUACCUAUCGGGAGCCGCUUGAGACUUUGAUUAAGGUUUUACGUAAAACAUGCGACAAGGACAAAGAUUGCCGGAAAGCUAACCGGCACUUGGGGGAGUUAGGAGAGACGAGCGGCGGUUCAAUCCUCGUCAAUCAAGCGGUUAUCGUCGGUCCAUACAAAACCGACAACUUCACAACCAUCACUGACGCAAUUGCAGCCGCACCUAACAACACUAGACCGGAGGAUGGUUACUUUGUCAUAUACGCAAGAGAAGGUGUCUACGAAGAAUAUGUCGUUGUUCCGUUCAACAAAAAGAACUUAUUGCUUAUGGGAGAUGGGAUCAAUAAGACGAUCAUUACCGGAAAUCAUAAUGUUGUUGAUGGUUGGACUACGUACAAUUGCUCCAGCUUUGCGGUGGUUGGAGAGCGGUUCAUGGCGGUUGAUAUUACAUUUAGAAACACGGCUGGUCCCGAGAAACAUCAGGCUGUGGCUUUGAGGAAUAAUGCGGAAGGAUCCACUUUUUAUCGGUGUAGUUUUGAAGGUUAUCAAGAUACUCUUUACGUUCAUUCUCUCAGACAGUUCUAUCGCGAAUGCGAUAUAUACGGUACCAUCGAUUUUAUAUUCGGAAAUGCAGCAGCAAUUUUUCAAAACUGCAACAUAUAUGCUCGAAAACCAAUGGCAAAGCAGAAGAAUGCAAUAACAGCUCAUGGAAGAACCGAACCAAACCAGAAUACCGGAAUCUCUUUCAUCAACUGUACAAUCAAAGCCGCUCCAGAUCUUGAAGCUGAUCCUAACUCAACCAUGACGUUCCUAGGGCGGCCAUGGAAGCCUUACUCAAGGACGGUUUUCAUGCAAUCAUAUAUUAGUGACAUCGUCCAACCAGUUGGGUGGCUUGAAUGGAACGGUACAACUGGAUUAGACACGAUUUACUACGGUGAGUACAAUAACUUUGGACCGGGGGCAAAGACAGACCAGAGAGUGCAGUGGUUCGGGUACAAUUUAUUGGAUAUGGCACAAGCCAUGAACUUCACGGUUUACAACUUUACCAUGGGAGAUACAUGGUUGCCUCAAACCGAUAUUCCUUUCUAUGGUGGUUUGGUUCGCAAAGAAUGAAAAGAGCUUCAUAUUAUAUAUGAAUAUUUAUAUGUAUUUUUCAUUUCAAAAUAAAGCAAUGAAAAGUUAAUUCUUUA